AUGAGAAGCGGGCCCCCACAAUCGCGACGAUCCGCUGCACCAGCGCUACCGCACCGCACACGGGCUCGCCAGCAGACAUGGCCACCGUCCCCGAGCGUCGAGGAUGAGACGGCGAUAGUGGACGAGGGCGAGCCGCCAAACAACACGCGGGGCACUGUCGACCAGGAAUACCUCCUCGACGAGAUUGAGCAACCACCUGUUGCCCACGAUGCCUACAACGACCGCGACGACUAUGACCGACGCUUCGUCCUCGUUUCCGAUCCCAGCACAGAGGAUGAAGCCAGGUCGACGCGUGGCGCCCACAGGGACCGUCGACGGAAGAGCUUCGCGGAGCGGGGGAAUAUGGCGCAUAUCAAGACCAGUGUUGAUGAGCCGCCUGUAUUCACUGAGCGAGUCUCUACACCGUAUGCCUACACAAAGCCCCAGAAAGAGUCGACUGCUCCAUCGCCUGGCGCUUUCCUCCGCUCGCCAGAACCCAUAACUCCCACGAAGAGCACCACCCGCACAUAUGCCCCGAGCCAUGACACGUGGGACACGCAGAGAGAGCAGAACGCGAGACCAUCAAAUCCAAGACCGACCCGCAGUCGGCAAAACUCCUUUUCGAAGUCAAGACCACCGUCCCGAUACGGCAGGCACGAAACAAUGCCUGUUCCAACGCCACGAAUUGACGUACGCAGUCCCUCGCCAGCGAGACCACCUCCAGGUGGCACCUUCUUGCCGUACCCCGUAGACGACAAUCCCGCGCAUGUCUUCAUGCCUCCCGAAGAGUACUAUCAAUUCGAUCAUUCGACGAUUGUUUCUCCGCGCGAGUUAUAUCCAGAGUCUCCAAGGGUCUCGUCAUCGUCAAUCCCCGGCUCACCACGUGUGACAGAGGCCGCAUCCCGAUCCUCCAAGAAAGUCGCUGCAAUGCCUGAAUCACCAGUCCGCACGAGGAUAGCAAGAUCGAAUAGCGCUCGCUCGCAAAUGAGCCAGGAUACUCGUCGAGAGCAGUCAGCCAAAAAGAUAGCUGCACUUGAUCUGGAUAGGCCGCUGUCAUCGUGUCCAAGAAGCGAGCUUUCGGCACGCUAUGACGACUGGUUCAACCUUCAGGGGUAUCCGAACUUCAAUGUUUGUCCUACCUGCUACGACGGCGUUUUCGCUGAUACGCCCUUUGCCAUUCAUUUCUCAGAGACUCGACCAUAUGUGCGGUCGAUUGAGCGAGCCUGCGAUUUUAGUAGCCCUUGGAUGCGGCUCGCGUGGCUUUUGACGAUUAAGCAGCGACGUCAAUCACUCGACCUACUGUAUGCAUUGGCUGAUAUUGCAGGCAAGGAUCGGCCGUGUCCGGGCGAUCGAGAAUUUGGCACAGAUCGUUUAGCCUGGUACGGUAUUCCUAAUCAACGAGAUGGUGUGCAUGUCGCCAACUUCGCGGUAUGUUCCUGCGACAAGAAAAUGAUUGAGGUUCUAUUCCCAAGUAUGCGCGGCUACUUCACGAUGUUGCCUACCAACUAUCAAUCCUCUGUUCCCGAUAAAUUUCUUUGCAGCUUACGCACCAGCUCUCGCCGCUUCCCGAGGUAUCUAGAUUUGCUUGUCGAACUCGAUGCUGAAGCCCAAUCCCUCGGUCAGCGGCCCAACAUCAAUCGGUUCAUCCAGCUAGCUCGCGAUAAUGCAUUUAAGGGAGAAUGUGCAAAGGAUAAAUCCUCCACCCGCAAGCCCUGGCACUUUAUUCCCUCGCUCCCCGAAUUUACCGUCUGCGAAGAAUGCUACGACGAGCUCGUUUGGCCGGCGAGUCAGUCCAAAUCAGUACCCUCGACCCUCCCACGCCUCUUCAAUAAAGCGAUUCAACUUGUACCUGGUGAAGAGUCGGAUGUCGGAUCUAGCUGCUGCCUAUAUAGCCCGCGCAUGCGCCGCAUCUGGGACACGAGCGUAAAGGAAGAGGACUUUGCGUAUCUCAAGCGCAAAGCUAUUGAGCGAAAAAAGAUGGAGACGAGGUUGGCGAGAGAGAGGAAGGGUAUCGUGAGUUGGCUGCUUAGUGCUGAGAGGGGAAGUAGUCAGUGGGAAAGCGCGAGGAGUGAGCUGAGGGGAUUAGAGAAGGAAUGGGCUACUUGGGAGUAG